AUGGGUUUCCCGAUCGCUCCGGGGGCUGGGAAGGGGUCGCAGUUGAUCGAGAUGUAUGGCGUCAGGUGAGGCCAAGAUCUGUCUCACCCCGGCGCUUCGCUGUCUUUUGAGACCGACAACUGACCCGGCUGGCGUGGUUCGAUUCAUCCUCCGCAGGGACUCGGAAGCUUGGGAAGAUUUCGGAAGGCGAGAUUGGAAUGCGGGCGGGGGGACGGCUUCGACAAGAGGAGACGCCAGCCUCACCAAGGAAGAUCGCUUCUGUAGGACCCAGUCGAUUUGGGAUAUCGAAGUCAGUUGCUUUGACCUUACUGGUACUUUUGAGGGGGUUAUGCUGAUCCCUGUCCACUUUGACCCCUGUUAUGACGACAGGCCACGCUGGCGGCUGGCAAACCUGUCGGAGUUCCGUCAAACCCUCCACCCAUGCCAGCUCUCGAUGAAUCCUACGCUGCGCACGCAUCCGCCCAUUCCCCGACCGACCGACCAAAGCGGACCAAGUCACUUGCUCGACGUUUCGGACGCUCCAACAAAGAAGGUGCGGCCCCGCCUCGCGAAGAACACGUCGCUUCAGGUGUCGUCCUCCAGGCACGGGACGAGAACGUCGGAGGAGCCGUUCGACCGGCGCUCGUUUCGGCUCAUACGACGAUCGGCGACGAGAGGAUCAAGGAUUGGUACGAUGGGGGACAACCUUUGAGAGGGGUCAAGAGUGCCGGACAGGAUCCGGACUCGAGCGUGGAUGAGAAAGAAGGCCUCAAGCGGCCGAAUGUGAUGCAACGAUUGUUCUUGGGGAGGAAGAAGGUCAGUGGUUUGAGCACGAUUCGAGGGCUUUGGAAGGCCGAUUCAACUGACGUUUUCGUUAACUGA